AUGUCACAAACUUCAUUCAGAAGAAAGUCACAUACUGGAGACAACCCAUGUCUACAUGCUGCUAUCACCCUACAUCUCCUCGCCAUGGGUGACUCUUACAAGAGUCUGCAAUACUCCAACCAAGUAGCCCAGAACACCAUUAGCUACUUUGUACCAGAGACCUGCAGGGCCAUUGUUUCAUAUGGAGAUGGGGAAUUGAAGGUACCACAAACACUUGAGGCUUGGAAGGAGGGUGCCUGGGGGUUUGAGGAAGGGUGGAACUUCCCCCACGUAUUUAGAGCUGUAGAGGGCAAACACACCAGGCUCCGAAACUCUCCCCUUGGUGGUACGCAAUACUUCAACUACAAGAAGUUCUACUCCAUGGUUUUACUUUCAAUUGCUGAUGUUUUAUACAAGUUCCUGUACAUGGACAUAGGUGCCAUCAGGACAGAGUCGGACGGUGGUGUAUUUACCUAG